CAACCGAUACCCUCUUUAAAAGCUGUACCUCUUUCUCAAGCGGACUCCUUCAGCUCUCUUGCUGAAAAACCCUAGUCGGAUUCAACCAUGGCUGCUGGCAUGUAUGGUUACCAAGAAGAUGGCUCGGCACCGCCACCAAGGGACGGCGGUAGCGCAGGCGGGGGAGGAUUUGCAGGCUCUGGUGCCGGAGGAUACGGGUCAAAUGGUCGCGGAUCAUAUGCUGGAUCUGGAAGCGGAGAUUAUGGAUCUGGUGGUGGUGGAGAAUAUGGAUCUUCUGCAGGUCGAGGAUACGGAUCUAAUAGCGGCGGAGGUGGUUAUGGCGGAAGCGGUGGGGGAAGUGGUUACGGAGGAAGAGGCGGGGGAGGUGGUUAUGGAGGGAGCAGCGGGGGAGGUGGUUAUGGAGGGAGCAGCGGGGGAGGUGGUUACGGAGGGAGCAGCGGGGGAGGUGGUUAUGGAGGGAGCAGCGGGGGAGGUGGUGGAGGUGGUGGUGGUUAUGGAGGAGGUGGAGGCUAUGGUGGUAAUCAACAGAAUCGAGGUGGUGGAGGAUAUCAAAGAGGAGAUCGUGGAGGAAGUGGAAGAGGAGGGGGUGGAAGAGGCAGUGGUCCUGGUGGUAGCGAUUGGCGAUGCCCCAACCCGAGUUGUGGAAAUGUGAACUUUGCUAGAAGAGUUGAAUGUAACAAAUGUGGUGAGCGUGCUCCUGCUGGUAGUAAUGAUCGUGGUGGCAGAGAGGGUAACAAUUAUAACACGGGCGGGGGUGGCUCAUAUGGUAAUAAUAGAGGUGGAAGUGGUAGGAAUUUUGAUAGUGGAAGUGGCAGAGGUGGUAGAAGCAAUUCCUAUGGUGAUAAUCAGGGAAGAGAUAGCAGUGGUUAUGGUCAAGGUCCUCCUCAAUCAUAUGAUAACAAUUACCCCCCACCUUCAAGUGGUUAUGGUGGAAAGAAUAAUUAUCCACCUGAUACAGCUCCUCCUGCAAAUUAUGGAAGCGGACCAACUUCAUAUCCUCCAUCAUCAUAUGGCGCACCUGCUGGUUAUGGUGGCAAUACUCCAGAAGAUGCCCGAGGUGGGGGAAGGACGGGCCCUCCUGCUAGGCAUGAUGGUGGGUAUAACGAUGGUGCAUUUGGUAGUUCUGAUGCUCCUCAAAAUGUCAAGCAAUGUGAUGAAAAUUGUGGUGACUCGUGUGACAAUGCAAGAAUCUAUAUAUCAAAUUUGCCUCCUGAUGUGACUAUUGACGAACUUAGAGAUCUUUUUGGAAGCAUUGGACAAGUUGCAAGAAUUAAGCAAAAGCGAGGCUACAAGGACCAGUGGCCUUGGAGUAUAAAAUUGUACACAGAUGAGCAAGGAAAUAAUAAAGGUGAUGCAGUUCUAACCUAUGAAGAUCCUAGCGCAGCCCACUCUGCUGGUGGCUUCUACAACAACCACAUGCUUAGAGGUUAUAAAAUAAGUGUUUCUAUGGCUGAGAAGUCUGCUCCAAAACCUGCUUCUGCUUAUGGGAACAGGGGUGGUGGUAGAGGUGGUUACGGUGGUGGUGAUAGACGGAAAGACAUCUACAGGGAUGGUGGAGGCUCUGGUCCAGGAAGGAACUCUUCUUUUGGUGGAAACAGAGCACACCCGUAUUAAGUUGCUUUCAAGAAUGUUAUGUACUAAAUUUGUGAUGGGAGAGUUUUUCUUUAAUUCGAGUCUCUUAAAAUGGUGACUAAAAAGGUAGGCUGUCUCAGUUCUGAGCAAUACCCUUCUUUUGGUUAUUGCUACAUGGUGGGGAGUUCUAUUUCCAGUUAAAACUUGAUUAAUAUGAACUAUGUGAAUGUUUUUUUAUAGAGGGCGAAUGGAUAUUUCUCGCAUUGCUGCUAAGUUGAAAUGUUCAGGUGAGUGUUGCUUUGAACAUUGUUUCCUCUAAGACUAGUUUUAAUAUUGGUGCUUUGUACUAUUCCCUCAGCCCCUCUAGCUUCUUCCAUGCUCCAAGCAUUAUUCACUUUCUUAUUUUCUUUGAUUAUUUGAUAAACUUAAAUAGUCUUUGUCAUCACUUGUUUUGUAGAUCUUUUGAUUUAGUUUUUAAACAUAUAUAUUCAAGUAAAUUUUAUUUUGAAAUUUCGAACCAAUUUCCAUAUAAAAUGAAUUUAAAAUAAUUUCAGUCAAACAUCGUAAUGCGAACUGGAAAGAACGUAGAGGGACGGUGAGAGUAGUAAUUAUACCGAGUUUUGCCCUCUACAGGUCUUCCAUGUGAGCUUUUGAUAACCAUAUUUGCUGUUUGUUUUUUACUUUAUCAUAUGCUGACCAUGUCUGCCCUUUCCUAUUGACUUGUUUUGUUGGGGGAUUUCAGUGGGGAGGGUAUGAUGGCUUUGUGUUCGCUCUUGUCUACAGUUAUUUCCAUUUUGCUGUUUUUUACACGUUUAUUACUGAAGUGAAGUGUGUAGGGCUUGUUUGGUUGGGGAAUUUUGGAGGGGAGGGGUGGAAGGAGAGAGUGUUCAUGUACUCUAUCUGUCCAGACUAUGAUGAUAUGUGUUGGUAACUUUCAAUUUUAUGGUGGGUCUUGCAAAAAAAAUCCAAUUGAAAAGAUACGAAUGCUAUAAGAUUUGUUGUAAAAAUAGUAUUUUGAAGACUAAUCCCACUCAAUUUUAAAAUAUCU